AUGGAUUCUCCACCCUUGGAAACCAAAAACAAUUUGGUACAAGAUCCAUUUGACAAAAAAGAAGAGGAAGAAAAUAUUCCCGCUGUUCCAGCACAAAUUAAAAAACCUCCUAACAUUAACAAUUUGGAAGAAAGUCAAUUGAAAUUGAAUAACAAAAAAUCCUCUUUUUCGCGUAAAGAGCAGCCCAAUGGAGGGGAAAAACAUUUUGAAGAAGAUUAUAAUAUUUUUAGAAGAAAAAAUAAACUUCGAGAAGAUUUGGUUUUUAAACGAGGGGAGGGAGAAGGAAAUGAAGGAGAAGAAAAUAAACAAAAAUUAUCUCCUGAAGAAAAUAAAAAUGUAAAGGAAGAAGAAAAAGAGGAGGAAGAAUAUGUUGGAAAAGAAUAAAUUUAAAGAGGUUUUUUUUUAAUUUAAUUUUUCCCUUAAUAAGCCCAAAUUCUUGUCUUCAAAAUUUUUUCUUAACACUUCAACUUAUACAUAACUUUUAUAUGUACAGGCCGGGGAUGGGUUGGGUUACUCACAAAACUCGGUCGUUUUUCGGUUAGUUUUUUCCCGGUAGGUCUUUUUCGACUUUUUCGAUCGAUCCAAAUUUUUUUUUGAAAAUUCGAUCCGAAGACCCGACCAGUACUGUUGGUAUUGGGGACAUUUGUUGACUCCGUCUCCGACCUUUUUCAAACAUUGGCCUCGGCUCCGGGAUUUUCAAAUCUUACAUUGACUUCGAGUCAUACCCAGUAUUUGACCCAACCCAAUUUUUUUACUUCUCAUCAACCCGACCCAUCCCUAAUAUUCAGGCCUAUAGUCACAAGUUUUCUUUUAUUUUUGAGGGUAAGCAAUCCCUCAUGCAUGGUGCUUCUUAAA